CGCGGCGCCAGCCCCGCCCGAACCCACGUGGGCCUGCUCGCGCAUGCGCUGAGAGGAGCCGAAGGGGACGCCGGGAGCAGGAAUUUCUUAACAUGGCUCCUGAAGAAGUGACCAUCACAGUUCGCCUCAUCCGUUCUUUUGAACAUCGCAAUUUCAAACCUGUAGUGUAUCAUGGAGUGAAUUUGGACCAAACUGUAAAGGAAUUUAUAGUAUUUCUAAAGCAAGAUGUCCCUUUAAGGACCAGUCUGCCACCACCAUUCAGAAAUUAUAAAUAUGAUACACUAAAGAUUAUUCAUCAAGCCCAUAAAUCAAAGACAAAUGAGCUUGUGUUGAGUUUGGAAGAUGACGACAGACUCCUGCUGAAAGAAGGCAGCACUCUGAAAGCAGCUGGAAUCGCCAGUGAAACCGAAAUUGCAUUUUUCUGUGAAGAAGAUUAUAAGAACUAUAAAGCUAAUCCCAUUUCAUCCUGGUGAAAACAUCUCGGGGGCUUCCUUUUUGCAUACCUGUAUUAAGCUCUUAUUCCACUGCUGAGUUUUGAAAUUGACAAACAAAUCUUAAAAAAUUAAUCCCAGGCUCUACUCUCUGAGCUAAAAUCUGUGAUUUCUUUCUCUCCAGGUCUUUCUUUCCUUCUCUCUUUCUUUUUCUUUCUUAUUAUAAAAUGAUAUGAGAAAAACAUUAGAUUUUCUGAAAGUGAAAUAAAUUGUUAUUAAAAAUUA